UUCUCCCUGCCUCGUUGGGAAAUGUCGAGGGGGAGGCAGGCGUGUGAGCGCGGCUUCCUGGCCGAUAGGGGAGAGCUGACUUGCUGAUAAAGCAGAAUCCUCCCAUCUCGCUGCACCAGAGGGCUGGCAGCGUUCGUUCCCCGCUGUGCGCUGCUCUGUGCUGCCGGCGAUGCGCUGCUGCCCGGCCCCGCGCCGCGGCUCUGGCGGCCGGAAUGCCGCAGCCGGGCCGUAGCGCGCUCACGACGCGAUCCUCGCUCAAGCAGUCGCCGGUGGUGAGCCAUGGCGGUGUGGAUCCAGGCGCAGCAGCUCCAGGGCGAAGCCCUGCGGCAGAUGCAGGCGCUCUAUGGGCAUCACUUCCCCAUCGAGGUGCGGCACUACCUGUCACAGUGGAUCGAGAGCCAGGCGUGGGACUCCAUCGACCUCGACAACCCCCAGGAGAACGUGAAGGCGACGCAGCUGCUGGAGGGGCUGAUCCAGGAGCUGCAGAAGAAGGCAGAUCACCAAGUGGGUGAAGAUGGCUUCCUGCUGAAGAUCAAACUGGGGCAUUAUGUCACGCAGCUGCAGAACACGUACGACCGCUGCCCCAUGGAGCUGGUGCGCUGCAUCCGGCACAUCCUGUACCACGAGCAGAGGCUGGUGCGGGAGGCGAACAACAGCCCCUCACCCGCCGGCACUCUGGUGGACGCCAUGUCGCAGAAGCACCUGCAGAUCAACCAGACCUUCGAGGAGCUGCGGCUCAUCACACAGGACUCAGAGAACGAGCUGAAGAAGCUGCAGCAGACACAGGAAUACUUCAUCAUCCAGUACCAGGAGAACAUGCGCCUGCAAGCCCAGUUCUCCCAGCUCUCCCAGCUGGGUCCCCAGGAGCGCCUCUCACGGGAGACGACGCUGCAGCAGAAGAAGGCGUCGCUGGAGGCCUGGCUGCACCGGGAGGCGCAGACACUACAGCAGUACCGUGUGGAGCUGGCCGAGAAGCACCAGAAGACGCUGCAGCUGCUGCGCAAACAGCAGACGACGAUCCUGGACGAUGAGCUGAUCCAAUGGAAGCGCCGGCAGCAGCUGGCGGGCAACGGCGGCCCCCCCGAGGGCACCCUGGAUGUGCUGCAGACCUGGUGCGAGAAGCUGGCAGAGAUCAUCUGGCAGAACCGGCAGCAGAUCCGCCGCGCCGAGCACUUGUGCCAGCAGCUGCCCAUCCCCGGCCCCGUGGAGGAGAUGCUGUCAGAGCUGAACGGCACCAUCACCGACAUCAUCUCCGCCCUGGUCACCAGCACCUUCAUCAUCGAGAAGCAGCCUCCCCAGGUGCUGAAGACACAGACCAAAUUUGCAGCCACCGUGCGGCUCCUGGUGGGGGGGAAGCUGAACGUGCACAUGAACCCCCCCCAGGUGAAGGCCACCAUCAUCAGUGAGCAGCAAGCCAAGGCCCUGCUGAAGAAUGAGAGCACCCGCAAUGAGAGCAGUGGGGAGAUUCUCAACAACUGCUGUGUGAUGGAAUACCACCAGGCCACCGGGACGCUCAGCGCGCACUUCCGCAACAUGUCCCUGAAGCGGAUCAAGCGCUCGGACCGCCGCGGUGCUGAGUCGGUGACGGAGGAGAAGUUCACCAUCCUCUUUGAGUCGCAGUUCAGCGUCGGUGGCAAUGAGUUGGUCUUCCAGGUGAAGACGCUGUCCCUGCCUGUGGUGGUGAUCGUGCAUGGCAGCCAGGACAACAACGCCACGGCCACCGUGCUCUGGGACAAUGCCUUCGCGGAGCCCGGCCGCGUGCCCUUCGCCGUGCCUGAAAAAGUGCAGUGGCCGCAGCUCUGUGAGGCACUCAACAUGAAGUUCAAGGCAGAGGUGCAGAGCAGCCGCGGGCUGACAAAGGAGAACUUAGUGUUCCUGGCACAGAAGCUCUUCAACAGCACCAGCUCCCACCUGGAGGAUUACAGCAGCACCACAGUGUCCUGGGCCCAGUUCAACCGGGAAAAUCUGCCUGGGAGGAACUACACCUUCUGGCAGUGGUUUGACGGUGUGAUGGAGGUGUUGAAGAAGCAUCUGAAGCCUCACUGGAACGAUGGGGCCAUUCUGGGCUUCGUCAACAAGCAGCAGGCGCACGACCUCCUCAUCAGCAAACCUGACGGCACCUUCCUGCUGCGCUUCAGUGACUCGGAGAUCGGCGGCAUCACCAUCGCGUGGAAGUUUGACUCCGCUGAGAGGAUGUUCUGGAACCUGAUGCCUUUCACCACCAGGGACUUCUCUAUCCGCUCACUGGCUGACCGCCUUGGGGACCUCAGUUACCUCAUCUACGUGUUCCCUGACCGGCCCAAGGAUGAGGUCUUCUCCAAGUACUACACGCCGGUUCUCUGUGAGUCCACGCCAGCUAAAGCUGUGGAUGGGUACGUGAAGCCACAGAUCAAGCAAGUUGUGCCAGAGUUUGUGAGUGCAUCAGGUGACGCCGUCCCUGGGGGGGGCACCUACAUGGACCAGGCUCCGUCGCCGGCCGUCUGCUCUCACCCCCAUUACAACAUGUACACGCAGAACCCCGAGACCGUGCUGGACCCUGAAGGCGACUUUGACCUGGACGACACCAUGGACGUGGCCCAGCACGUGGAGGAGCUGCUGCGGCGCCCCAUGGACAGUCAGUGGAUCCCCCACGCCCAGUCGUGACCGGCGGCCGCACGGCCCCACAUUGGCCCCCAGCGCUGCGGGGACUGUGCCGUGUUUGUGUCUCUGUGCCCAACCGGGGGGCAGGUGGCCGUGGGGGGGUUCUCGCCCCACAGAUUUUGCUCUGUGCUGUCCCCAAAUGCAGGGUGGUGUCCAGCUCUUUGAUGUUUAUGCCCUUGUAUAAAAGGCAGCGGAUUUGUCGCAUGGUUUUUCCUGUAUGUUCCUUUUACACGGCCCAGCUUCGGCUUUCCGCUUCUGCUCGCGGUGGUGCUGCCCCACUCCCCGCAGACCCGGGGGGGGGCCGGGGAGGCCCGGCCGCGGGUUCGCUAUCUGCAGCCGCCACAAGGAUGUACGUGUGCGCGUCGGUGUUCUAUCGCGGUGACCCCGUUCCCCGGGCGGGGGGUGGCAGUCUGCGGUGUCGGGGUCCCCUCCAGGUCCCCAUCUCGUCCUCUGCCCCCGACGGCUGCGGGGAGUCCUCCCGGCUCCGGGUGCGUCCCCUCGGUCCCCUCCGGCACCGCUGCGGGGAGGGGGGCGGUGGGGAGGGAGGAAGCGCAGCGAGGGGCGGGCAGGAGGCGGCGGAGGCGGGAAGGGGCCCCUCUUCCCCCCCGGCCCGUCCCAUCCGUGUCCCAGAACCUCUGGUUCCCUGGCGAUGUUAUUUUUCUACCACAGAGUAAAUAAAGCACGGACUAUUUUUGUAACACAAAAGCUCUGGGUUUCACGUGUGUCUCGGGGAGGGCGCAGCUCCCGGCCCCGCUCUGCCGGGGGGUAGGGGCCCCUCACCCGCACCCGUCGGGCUGGGGUCGGGGCAGGAGGCUCGGGAGCUGCAGGCAUUGCCCCGGGCCAAAGUAAAGCAAACCGAAUUCCGCUGUUUCUUUUGUUUUGUUUUGUUUGUUUUAUUUUUUAAUAAAAGGGCCGCCCCGUUCCGAGCGGUGCACACCGG